GAUUUUAUGGGUAAAACAGCCGAACUGGAACCCGAAAUAACCCACGUUCCUCCAUUAUCUAUAAUCUCACAUCUUUAGUCAAACUGAGAGCAUAAAGUUAUUGAAGCGCAACUAAAUAUCUGAAUCAACUCCUUUACUUGAGGCGGUUCCAGAUGGAUGAUGUUCUGAAAAGUUCAGAAUGAAACAUCUUCCUGCUAAACCACAGCAAUUCUCAAAGGAGAAUAAAGUUUAAAGCCUGGUUUAAGGCGGCGGUGAUCUCCAGAGACGGCGGCCGACUGGAGAAACUCCGGGCCUUCGUCUCUCCCAGCAGCAAGGACAACCUCAUCGCUGUAGUGGGGGACGUGGGUGAGUUGGCCCACAGCAUGAUGCUUCUCCUGGUGAAUGGAGGCUCAGAGGACGGAGCGCAGCAGGCGAAGCAGCAGCUGCUGCAGCACGUGGGGAAGGUGACGGACGUGGUUUCUGCCCUGGGCUUCAGCUGGUGGCAGGGCGGCCCGCCACACACCCAGACCCUCCAGGACCUGCAUUGGGUUUUGGACGCGCUGCUGUUCAGCACCUUCGUCUCCUGGAAGACGUUCUUUCCCCUUGUGAGAGACGAUCCGUCCUGUAGCUACACCUUCAUCACAGGGGGAGCCGGAGAGCAGCUGCUGAUGCCGGGAACUGGCUUCCUGACGGUCGGCGCCGCCAGCGCGCUGGCCUUCUGCCAGGUGCUGCGAGACGAAUACCCGCAGGUAGACUGCAGGCUGUGCCAGUUCUUCCAGCCUCCCCUUCCUCUCCAACAGGUGAAGAUCAACACAGGUGUGGCGACUCCGGAGCGCCUGGGGCCUGGCUACCUGAACCAUCUGGACCUGGGCGUUGCCGUGGCAACCUUGGUGGAGCGAGGAAGCUCCUCCCACUGCGUGUUCACCAUCGGCAGCCCUGCGGACCUGCAGACCCAGCUACUGGACGGGAAUCUCUAGAACCCAAGAGAAACCAGUUCUGGUUCCUUCCAGAUUCAGGCUAAAAAAAUUUCUGUAAACAGAACCGAAUA